AUGAAUGGAUUCAGUAAAGAUUCAGCCACAGCAACAAGAUUGCCCUCCUUUCAACAAUUGAUUCGAACAUUCCAUGAACCAGAAGUUGCACCCCCACCAUAUGGUGGGGGCAGCAGCAGCGGUAGCGGUAGCGGUGGUGGUCUUGGAGGAGGUCCAAUCCAACAACAACAACAACAGCGACUGGCCCAUGGUUCUAUAGAUGCUAACGCUUUUGGUGGCGGACCAAAUUUUAAUAACUAUAUAUUAUUUUCUAGCCAUGGUAAUACGACGACGGAAUUCCCUCGUCAAUAUCGUCAAGAAAGCUUUUCAUCCAAGCCGCCGUAUGGUACAAACCCAGAUAUGACGCACAACGCUAAUAGUUUUGCUGUAAGAUCGAUUGCACCGUCACCGACGACUAUGGCUAGAGGUCGAUCAUUGAGCUUUUCAUAUUUGGGGUCUACUGCUCAUGAGCUAGUUGCGGAACUGGAUAAACCUACUAAUGAAUAUCAAUUUGUUGCUGAGUUGGUUAAGUUUUUAUUAAGGUUUGAAAAUAAAUGUGGUGAUAUUCAAUCGGGUGAACAGAAUAAUCUGGAGAAUAUGUUGCAGAUUACCGAAAAGGCUGUUGUUGAUCUACCGAUUGAAGAAUUGGAUGAUGCUAUUGCUAAUGCUACUAAGUUGGUUGAGAUUCUUGAAAAGAUUAGGGGCCUUUCUGAAAAGAAGAGAUCUAUCAAUGUAAGAAGAAGUAGUUCUUUUAUGUUUGAGAAUGGAAAGAGAAAGAUUGAUAAGAGAAAACAACCAACGAAUAAGAGAAAGAAGUCAAUGACAUCAUUGACUAGUUCUGGAGGUGAAAUUGUUCCCUUGGAUAUUCAUGUUCCAAAUUCAUCAAUUGGACAUCAACAACAAUUUGGUGUUGGUGGACUUAACGCAGAACUUAGUAUAAAGCCAGAUAUAACUUGUCAACAUUGUUGUUCUCAAGAAACACCUGAAUGGAGAAGAGGACCUGAGGGGAGUAGGACACUAUGUAAUGCUUGUGGUUUGUUUUAUUCUAAGUUGAUUAAAAAGUAUGGUUUACAAGAAGCUGAUAAAGUUAUGUAUGAACGUAAACAAACAGGUACUAUAAAUGAUAGAAGAAUCUUUUGA